GGCUGCUGUUUCACAAGGUCUGGGCACUGAGCUGCCCCUCCUUUCCUCCCUGAAGUUUGCAUGAAGUGCACGUUAGGCUGUAAUUAGGGGAUCUGGGAGGAGAACUUUCCUGGUGACGCUGCUUUGCUUUUCUUCUGCUCUUGGUGAGAAAGUGCCUCCUUCUUCCCAGGACCAGGACCUCUGCCAUCCAGCGCCACAAAGAGACAUUCUGCGCGGCGCAGGCACACACACACACACACACUCACACAAGCACACACACUUACCCAGAGACAAACUUAAGGUGAGAGGAAAGAGCCCUAGCUUCACUUGAUCUCCAGGCUCCAACUUCAGCAGGACUUGAGAGCAUCUGAACUUCUGGAUUUUAGGACAAGUGAAGAAGAUUCUUUGGGCUACAAAGAUGAAGAGUCUACUUCUUCUGGUGCUGAUUUCAAUCUGCUGGGCCGAUCAUCAUUCAGACAACUAUACUGUAGAUCAUGACAGAGUUAUUCACAUCCAAGCAGAAAAUGGCCCCCGUCUACUCGUGGAAGCAGAACAAGCCAAGGUGUUCUCACACAGAGGUGGCAAUGUUACACUGCCAUGUAAAUUUUACCGAGACCCUACAGCACUUGGCUCAGGAACCCACAAAAUCCGAAUUAAGUGGACCAAGCUAACUUCAGAUUACCUCAAGGAAGUGGAUGUUUUUGUUUCCAUGGGAUACCACAAGAAAACCUAUGGAGGCUACCAGGGUAGAGUGUUUCUGAAAGGAGGCAGUGAUAAUGAUGCUUCUCUGGUGAUCACAGACCUUACCCUGGAGGAUUAUGGGAGAUAUAAGUGCGAGGUGAUUGAAGGAUUAGAAGAUGAUACCGCUGUGGUAGCAUUAGAUUUACAAGGUGUGGUAUUUCCUUAUUUUCCACGACUGGGGCGCUACAAUCUCAACUUUCACGAGGCACAGCAGGCUUGUCUGGACCAGGAUGCUGCGAUCGCCUCCUUUGACCAGCUGUACGAUGCCUGGAGGGGUGGGCUGGACUGGUGCAAUGCUGGCUGGCUCAGUGAUGGGUCUGUACAGUAUCCCAUCACAAAACCCAGAGAACCCUGCGGAGGCCAGAACACAGUGCCCGGAGUCAGGAACUACGGGUUUUGGGACAAAGAUAAAAGCAGAUACGAUGUCUUCUGUUUUACAUCCAACUUCAAUGGCCGAUUCUACUACCUGAUCCACCCCACCAAGCUGACCUACGACGAAGCGGUGCAGGCUUGUCUCAAUGAUGGUGCUCAGAUUGCUAAAGUGGGCCAGAUAUUCGCUGCCUGGAAACUUCUGGGAUAUGACCGUUGCGAUGCAGGCUGGUUGGCGGACGGCAGUGUCCGCUACCCCAUCUCUAGGCCAAGAAGGCGCUGCAGUCCUACUGAGGCUGCAGUGCGCUUCAUGGGUUUCCCAGAUAAAAAGCAUAAGCUGUAUGGUGUCUACUGCUUCAGAGCAUACAACUGAGCGUGCCCCUAGAGCACGUCAGUUUUAAAGUCAUUAAGAACAUGUGAAAGGUUUUUUUUUUCAAUAUGAACUCAUGCAAAUUACCAAAACUGUGAUAACCCUUUUUUACUUACUGUAAAGUCAUUUUCAUAAAGACCAAUUCAUUAAUUUGUUUUUGUAAAGUUAUCAUUCAAUAUAUAUUAUAAAUUAAUAUAAUUUUAAGGGAAGCACUACAUAAGGAGGCUUUAGAGCCAAACCGUUUAGGCUACACCAUCCCAACGAAGUAUCCUUUCAAGAUCGGGGCAUGCAAUAGCGUAAGGAUUGCUAGGAUUAAAUUAAAGAAAGUAAAGCUACUCAGAGUAGCAGCUGCCACAAGCACAAAUUUUACACAUUUGUACAAUUUUGAAAUGCACUACAAUAAACAGAUUAGAGCAACAGAUUUGAAAUACAGGCUUCUUUACAUAAACUGAGAUUCUGAGAGGCUGCACAAAACUUAGUUUCACAAGGGAACAAUCUACACUUUUCUAAAAUAUUUCAAAGCUCCAAAAGACAGAAUUAUUUUACUCUUUAAAAUCCUGCCUUUUUGACCAAAAAAAAAAAAAAAUUCUUAUGGACUCCAA